GAGCAAAAAUGUGUUCCCAGAGCAAUUCUGGUGGAUCUGGAGCCAGGCACCAUGGAUUCAGUUCACUCUGGACCAUUUGGACAAACCUUUAGACUGGAUAACUUUGUCUUUGGUAUGUGAAGUUUGUAAAUACAAAUAAGUUGAUGACACGUGGAUGUCAUCAGUCAAAUAUCUUCAAUGUGUAGCCAAAUCACUCAGGUUACACACAACACAGAUACACCUGAACUGAAUUGGGGAAACUGUCAAAUGAAUGUAUUGAAAAUGUCUAACAUUUAUUUUUCUGCUCACAGUGCAGAGUGGUCCUGGUAACAACAACGCUGCAAGGCCACUACACAGAGGGAGCGGAGCUGAUGGACUGUCCUGGAUGUGGCGAGUCUGCGACAACCCCGCAGCACUGCCAUCCAGGAGCUGUUCAGGAGUAUUUCUGAGCAGUUCACAGCCGUGUUCUGUAAAGCCUUCCUGCACUGGUACACCGGGGAGGGCAUGGACGAGAUGGAGUUCACUGAGGCUGGGGGGGGCAUGGACGAGAUGGAGUUCACUGAGGCUGGGGGGGGGCAUGGACGAGAUGGAGUUCACUGA